UGGAAAUUCUUCAAGGCCGCCCUGGCCGAGUUUGUCGGGACCGCCAUUCUGAUGAUCUCCGGCUGCGGCGCUUACGCCACGCUGGACCAGGGCAAGCCACAGGACCCCCUGAUAUCGGCCGUUUGCUUUGGGAUGACCGUGGCGACGAUCAUCUGGACCUUCAAUCACAUCAGCGGGGCCCACAUUAAUCCCAGUGUCAGCUGGUCCUUUAUGAUUACCGGUCGUUUGAGCUUGGCUAAGGUAGGUCAUCAGUUGACCGUCGUUUGAGCUUGGCUAAGGUAGGUCAUCAGUUGACCGUCAUUUGAGCUUGGCGAAGGUAGGUCAUCAGUUGACUGUCGGUAUUUAACUCUAUUGACUCGAAACCCCAAACAGUGCACGAUAGGGGGGGGGGGGGGGGGGCUUGUGUGAAAGAUCAGGGUGGAGACGCUAUCUAUAUGACAUAUUUCAUGUAAAUAAAUACUAAUGUCUGGAUCCACUCCUGAUACCAUUGAUAUCGAUUACAUCAUAAACAUGACAGGUUCCAAACUAAUGGGUCCUUAUGCCCAGUGAUUUGCGAUGUGUUUCCAGUGAAGUCACCGGCUGAAACAGUUGUUUUUUUAAAGACGUGUUUAAUGCAGUUACUUGUUUUGUAUCCUAAAGUUUGCAUAGUAUCAAAAUAAUAGCGGUCUCUUCUGCACCAUUCUUUGGGGGUAGAUUUGUCAACGCUUCUAAUUGUUUUUAAAACGAACAAGAAACAUUAAAUUGUUGCCAAUUAUUAAGUUAAGCAUUAGAUAAAACUUAACAACGAAGUUCAAAGUUCUUAAAACUAAUAACAUGUUCAAUCAUGGCUUAUAUAUUUGGGCGUAUAACAUAUAAUAUUGGAUGACAUUAUGCUGAAAAACUGUCUUCUUUAUGAUUUCUUUAAAUUUAUUGAAAAGACUUUUUAUAGUUGAACUUCGGUCGCGGAUCAAAUCGCUUCUAUAAAACGGGGACAGGACUCAAAAAAAAAAAAUUCUUGAAACCUCUGGUUUACAUACUUUGAAAGCUAUGUAACUCGAUAUUAUAAAAGAGCGUUUGGAAAUAAUUUUUCUCCCAUCUGGCCAGUAUAACAGAGAAACGCACCAAACGUGUGUUUACUGGUGGCUCGGCACCCAGCUCAACCGAUCGCCUUGUCUCGUAUACGCCAUUUUGGCCGAGUCGCCUAUUUUAACUCACGCUCAGUGGGGUCACCAGGCUUUGUGUAACGAAUUGCGGUUAAACUCCUCCAGACUCCGCCCUUGACUUCUUCCGAGUCUGCCUGCACUGGGGACACCCUGUUCUGGUAGCAACAGGUGUACCUUCAAAAUCAGAACGGAUAGAGUUUUUAUAGAAAAGGUGUGUGUGUGUGGGGGGGGGGAUUUAAAGUUAUCUAUCGUUACAUCAAGGUUUCCCCGUGGCGGCACCCUGUUCUGGCGGCACCUUUCUCUCUCAUGUAUUGAACUUAGAUCUCUACCGAGUCUGCCUGCACUGGGGACACCCUGUUCUGGUAGCAACAGGUGUACCUUCAAAAUCAGAACGGAUAGAGUUUUUAUAGAAAAGGUGUGUGUGUGUGGGGGGGGGGGGAUUUAAAGUUAUCUAUCGUUACAUCAAGGUUUCCCCGUGGCGGCACCCUGUUCUGGCGGCACCUUUCUCUCUCAUGUAUUGAACUUAGAUCUCUUAUGAAACCGACUUGAGUUUGUUUAAAGUGUUUUAUGGCCCAUUUUGUGUCACCCCCCUCCCCCCCUCCCGAUAAGGGUGUCUUCCGGUGCGUUUAACACCCCUCGCAAACCCUGAUUUGACACUGAUGCUUCUGCUCAAAACUCCAAGAGCUAAGGCACAUAAGGAGACCAUCAAUACUUGAUGUCUUUUGUAAUGAUCGUGUCUUUAGGACAAGGAUUUCCCCCACACGAAGGGUGGACACUAAAAACAAAUAGAAAUCAAAAUUGAAAACCGCAGAAAGUUUUCACAUUGCACUCUCAAUUGUCAUGGUUUGUUUUAAAAAAUGAAACGUCACUUCUUAGAAAUUUGAAGUAUUUUUUUUCCUCCAAGAAAUCCUUUUGUUCAAAAUAAGGACUUUGUUUGUUUUGUCGCCAUUUAUUUGAUACUUUUGUAUAUUUAUAAGUGUAUUCUCUGUAUAUAUAGAUUCAAUUAACUGUUUUGAAUUUAAAUUAUCUAUAAAAUUAUUUCCUUUCAAAUCGUGGGGUAAUUUAGUCUUAAAUAAGUAUAUUUUGGGGUGGGGACUACAAAAUUUUCAGAACCCCUGAUUUAAGGUAAGAGGGGGUUCUAAUUUCAGGCUCUUUCCCGGACCCAGAUUUUGCUUGCUACGGCCCUGUUCACAGUGCUGAAAUGUCUGAAAUAUGGGUGUUUUUUUCUUCAGAUGUUGACUUACACCGUGAUGCAAUGCGCAGGAUCUAUAGGUGGUUGCGCUGUUGUGUGGUUCAUGGUGCCAGACGCAUGGAGAGGUCGACUAGGGGCCACAGUUCUCGCCGAGGGAGUCACCGUGGGGCAGGUAAAACAACGAGGGGGGGGGGGAUUUUUGUUUCGUUCGAUGCCAAAUAUAGGAAAUCCUUAUUGGAGCUGAUUAUUUACCCCAGCGCAGCGGACUAGUGACGGACUAAUUUGGUGUGUCUGACUAGUGACGAACUAGUGAGGUACUAGUGUCGGACUAGCGACGGACUAAUUAGGUGUGUCUGACUAGUGUGUCUUGGCGAAUUGGUUUAUUGUGACUGGUUGGUUUGACGUGAUGCAGUGGUGUGUCGAAAUGUCGCUGUCAUUUAAAGCUAUAUCAUAUUGGUAUACAUUGAAAUGGUAAUCAAUGUGUACGAAAUAGUUUUUAUCGUUUUAAUUUAAAAGUACGUGGCUUAUGGGGACGACCAAGAGGGAAAUUUAGUUUUAUAUUUUGGGAAAAUAAAAGUGCAUGUCACCGGUCACUGACCAGCUACUGAAACAUACAUUGGAAGACGGUAUGUGUUUAGAAAGAAAAUUAAUGACCCAUUUUAUAACACACUAAAUAUUUUUUUAAUUAAUAAAUUUGGUCUGUGUUAAUUAAUUAUACUGCAUUAAAUUGACUUGGGAUUAUUGUGUAGUUAGUGAUGUGGGGUUGCACUGUACCGCAUAUCAUUAACCUAGUUAACAUAAUCAAUAUUUUCCCAUUGGGUCAAAUUAUUCAGUCAAGUCUUGGCAACAUGCUACGCGCCUGAACGGACAUUUCUUAAUCAGUUACUUUUCAAUAACAAUAAUAAAAUAUUAUAUUUCCUACUCACAACUUUCACUUGGGCCCAGGGGUGGACUGGGCCGCCGGGACACCGGGAAGAUUCCCGAUGGGCCGCUAGGACCGGUGAUAUAAUACAAAUAAAAGUCAUGAAGAUAGGGCCGCUUUGAUUUUUUUCCGGGCCGCUUGAACUCCCCAGUCCACCCCUGCCUGGGCCUGCCAAACUAUUGCUUAAUAUAAAAAAAAGUGGGUUGGGGGUAGGGGAUAUUUAAAGAACCCAAACUUGCAAUCUAAAAUAAAAAAGUCACUGACAACUUAGAAUGCAAAAAAAAAAAAAAAAAAAAAAAAAAAAAACAAAAAAAAAAAAAAAAAAAAAAAAAAAAAAAAAAAAAAAAAAAAAAAAAAAAAAGGGGGGGGGGGGGGUUGCGGCAAAUACCGAGCAUUGGCAGUGGGCCUCCAAAAGUCAAGCGAUUGCUUUGAACCUAUCCAGACUCCGGAAUUUAUGUCGCAAACAAAUUGUUCAAACAAAAGAGUGUAUUAAUACAUACUCAUUAGUUUCUUCUGUGUAUGAUGGUCAUUCAGUACUAUUUCGAAACACCAUUAAAAGAAACAAAAUCAGACAAGAAAAACAUCUUAAACAGGCUUCUCGAAGGAGCGCACUUUGGGCAGUAAUUUAUUUAGUAACAGAAACAUUUUAUUAAAGUUUUGAAUCAUCGUGCAGUGUAUUAUUUUUUUGAAAAAUAGCUUAGCAGGUAUUGUGUUUUAUUCUUUUUAGGGAUUUGUCAUAGAAACAAUAGCCACAUUCAUCUUACUCCUUGGGGUCUUCGCUAGCAGUGACCAAUAUCGAACUGACCACGGUGGCUCCAUGCCCCUAGCUGUGGGACUUGUUGUGUUUAUGCAGAGUGCCUGGGCGGUAAGUGAUAUGAUGUUGCGUUGGACCUACCAAGCGGUUAGAGAUUUUGAAGAGGGUAGGAUUUACCAUCCAAUUUUUUUUUACGUUUAAAACACCAUGCUUCUUCAAAUGGCUCUUCGGGUGAAAGUUGGUUAGUUUGUUAAUACUACUAUCUUUCUUGAUUACUCUAUUUAAUAUCGGUGUUUGAUGUCAGACGACGAAUUCCCACACCAGCAGAUGAAACUGAAGUUCAGUAGGUUUCCAAUUGUUGUACUAUAGAAUAAGUUAAUGACUUGUUUUUUUACCCCGAUAUUGUAUAAUUGUUUCAGAAAGAAAUGUCAUUGGUUUAGGCCUUCUUAUUUUAUACGGGGCAGGGGAGAGAAUGUAAACUUGUGGCGCCCCGGGAUUUAUUUCUUUAGUUAAUGAUAUUUGGUCAUUCACCUUGACAUAUUGUGGUGGGUGUUUUGUUAAAAAGUUUAAUAUCUACGCUUGAAUAUUUGAAUUUACACCUAACGAAGAAAGCUUUUAACAUAAGGUGUGGUUAGCAGAGCCUGCCUUUAGGGUGUGCGACCUGUACCCUCUCUCAGGGUGCCGUGGCCAUAGAGCGCCCAGUAAAUAUUUAAAUUCCCCUAGUUUAUUAAAGUGAAGUGUGAACCUCAGGUCCGGGGAUCGAGAAACGGUUUUCUAACUUUCGUACAAUCUCUUUUCCUACAAUCAAUUUUCAUUCAAAAAAAGUCGCCUUUUUAAUGUGUAUACUAACACUUGGGAUGGGAGCAACCGAAAGAGCGUGGACAUUAAUUGAUUGAUACCGUAUUCCCUUGUUCCUCUUACAAUUAUUUCAGCAGAAAGAAUAUUGUGAACAAAAAGCUUUCUGGGGUAGCAAAAUCGCAAGCGUAAAGAAGAAAAAGUACGUCGUAAUCGGAAAAAGAGAGGAGCCAUACAGGGACAGGGAAGGGGGCGCCGAACGGUUGCUUCGCACAGGGCGAAAGUUUACCCAAGGCUUAACUUUUUCCUAUUUUGUUGUUGUUUUUAACAAACAAUGAACAGUUCGUUGUUUAAAAAAAAAUAAUAAAAAAAAAACAUAGGUAAUAAACUCAUUAUCGAAUAACUCGUUUUUUCCUUUAAUGAUUACACUUAUAAGGGGCGCCAAAUUUAAGCUUGCACAGGGCGCCAGCAACCGUCGGGCCGGUCCUGUGGUUGGAUAGUGUUAAAUGCUAAUGAUAAUCAUAAGAUAAGCACCCUAGUAUAUUUUAAGGGCUAACUAGGUAACGGUAAAGUCUUUCCAAUAUUACUAAGAUGGCAUUCUCGAUACUUCUGGCAGAUUUAUAAGCCAAUAUUGGGGGGGGGGGGGGGGGGGGGGGGGUGAGGGGGUGGGUCAAGUUCAUGCUGUACUACAUUUAAAAAAAAGUGUCUUUGGCAUUAAGUUUCUCAACACAUUUCAUUAAAAUAAUGGUUAAAGUUCGUCUGUAGGUAAGUCAUUAUUGCAAGUGACUUUAUUUUUUAUUAUUUGGAAUUGAUAUAAAGUUUGAAGUUUUCCAUCCCUUUCGUAUAGUAUGAGUUUCGUAAGAUUGAUUAAAUAUGUGACAAAAAUUAUAGGAGAGCUGUUCAUCAACAGGAGAAUUUAACAAGCCGUCCACAUAAUUUGUCUGGCCCAACAGCUUUGGCUAUAUUCACUUGUUUAAAUAGCGACAUCACGUCCUGUUCAGUGAACUUUACUGGAUCCCCCUGAACUCUGUAUUAUACAUCUAUCUUCAUAUGAAUUCAUCAUGUACAUUUCCAAACUCUAGAUCUAGACUGUCAAAAGGACAAUAAAAUGUAUUUAAGUCAUUUACAAAAUUAUCCACAUUCUCAACACACAAGCGUUCACACUUCGAUAUGUAUCCUGUUAUUUGUUUUAGUUCAGCUCAGCAGGCCUUGGAGUUGUUUUUAUGGAACCAAUUUUCUAUUUAUUGUCUUAAUUGCUUUUUGAUCAGAUAUAUUUUUUCCCCAGUAAUUCAAUAUUUUUUUUUUUAGCUUUUGUGUAUUCUUGUUGGCUAAUCUUACGCAUUUUUAUCUUAAGUAUAACCUCCCUUAUUUGUCUGCUCUUAAGUAUAACCUCCCUUAUUUCUCUGCUCUUAAGAAUAACCUCCCUUAUUUUUCUGCUCUUAUGUAUGACAUCCCUUAUUUCUCUGCCCUCAAGUAUAACCUCCCUUAUUUCUCUGCUCUUAAGUAUAACCUCCCUUAUUUGUCUGCUCUUAAGAAUAACCUCCCUUAUUUCUCUACUCAUCCAAAGUUUUUUUUAUUAUUUAUUGAGUACUUGGAUUGAUUAUUUACAUAAUUAAUCAUGAGAUGAAUUUUAAAAAUUAGAACUGUGAAUUCUGAGUGCGAAACUGAGGCUAUAAAUAUAUAUAAACAUACGGUAAUAGGAACUAGAACUAAUCCAAAUAUGCAGUUUUCCACGAUACUCUUCAAAGUAAGUUUAUACCGUCGCAUCAAACAUAAUCUCAGCUAGAUCAUUGAUAUGCCAAAAUUGGAGUCGUUCUCUCCUAGCAGAUUGGGGUAAGUGGGGACUUACGCUCAUAUUUUAAAUUAAAUUACAUUAAAUAUUUGUCCUUCAAACAACGAUUCUUUACUUUCUCAGGGACGACCAACAGGUUGCAGCAUGAACCCUAUCAGGACACUGGGACCAGCAGUUGUAGCUGGGGUCUGGGACCAUCACUGGGUAAUUAUCUAAUGUCGAUAAUACCUUUACAAUCAGUGAUGUCACUCAUUACUUUCAUUACCCGUAACUCAAUAAGUAAUGUUAGUCAUAACACCCACACAAGGAGCUCCAAAUCAUCUUUUUAAUGGUUCGCCUUGGGUGGCAGAUUUGCCACCCCCACCCACCAGAAAAAAACGACAAAGCCACUUAUUUCCCGUAACUCCACUAGUAGUUUUCCUCAUUUCUAGAAACACCAUUGGUAAUGUCUCUCAUUACUCAUUACCUGUAAUGCCAUAAGUCAUGUGACCAAAUCUUAUUUCCAACAAUUCCAUAAUAUUAACAUCCAUUUGUUAAUCUAUGUGUUGCAUUUCCCAACCAGCUUUAUUGGCUGGCCCCGACGCUAGGUGGCUCCCUCGGGGCCCUGUUCUACCAGUACGUGCUGGCUGAGAGGCCGUCUGAAAUCAACUGUGAACUCCUCAACAUCUGCAGGGAUAAGGACACGCACCAUAAGGAGAACACCAUGAGUUUCGCCAACGUCUCCGUCACACUAAAUCCGGUAUCCGACGAGAAACGGCAUUCCAUCUCCGGUGGCUACCAGGCCCUCGCCGGGCCCGUCAAUAGAAACAGUUAUGUAGUAGGUGUGACGUCAUAGAACAAUUUUUUUUAGCGCGUUUUUUGUUGUUUGAUAUAGGAAGUAGAUCUUAAUAAGUUGUGUUAUUUUUUAUUUAAUCACAAAGGAUGGAGUUGAAACACAUUUUCACCAACUCCGAUAAACAUGCAUCUUUCAUCAGGGUCCAGGAUUCGAUAUACAGGUGUUUUUUACUAUAAAUAAGCUGUGUACAAUUUUAAAGUUCUCUCACCCAAACUAUCUGUUGCCAUGUUUAAUGUCAUGAUUAUGUCUCUUUUGAUAAUAUUUUUAUGAACAGCGCGGUGAGCCCAGCCCUAGGCUGGGGUACCGCGCUAUAUAAGACAACUAAUUAUUAUUAUUAUGUCCCAUCUAAUGAGCAUUUCUUGAAUGAUGACUGGCUCUUUGAAACACCCCACACAGUAAACGAAGUAUGGCUUCCAAUCAUGCAUCUUGCAACCACCAGGAGCUUUAACUCUCAGGAUUGAGUUCUAAGUAAUGAUCAUAUAAAAAAUCUUGGGUGUUGUAGGAGACCCAUACCUGUGCAUAAUUUUAGUUUAGGCUUGAAUAACAUUGAAUAAGUUGUACAUUGUAUGCAUAUUUUUAAUUACCGG